AUGCCAACAGCAACCAGAGCAGGCGUGUAUGGCGGGGAAGAAGAUGGCGUGGGCACGGAUGGCGCAAGUGUCAGUCCAAUGAGGGGGCCAAGCCCAGACAGUGGCUCCGGCCAGCCCACACCGGGUGGGGUACCCAUACUAGCUUCAGUAAUGCGCCUAGAAAUAGACAAAAGUAGGCAUUCAUGA